GAGGAACAGAAGAGGCAGAAGCAGAAACAGAAGCAGAAGGAGAGGAAGAAAAAGAAGAAAAAGGUGUUGCUGCUAGUGGUGAUAAUAGUAGUAGUUGCAGUAGUAGUAAUAAUAAUAGUUGCUGUUGUGCUGCUAUUGCUGGUGGUAGUGAUAAUAUUAGUGUUAGUAUUAAUUGUGAAAAAGGUAGUGAAGGUGAAUUAAGUGAAAUAAUAACACCAGGAGGAAUAAAAGAAGGAAGAAAAGGAGGAAGAAGAGGAGGAGGAGGAGGAGGAGGAGGAGGGAGAGACACUUUACCGGAAGCGGAAGAAAGAAUAAGAGGUGGUGGAAGAGAAGGAAGAGGAAGAAUACCAUGGCGAAAACUAGUACCGGUGGUGGUGUUUCUUACGGUGUUGUACCAGAGAUGAGACAUUCCAAGAGCGAGGAUCUCCUUGGUGCUAUACCAAAUUCAAGAUCGACGAGUCCAACCAUCGGUUUAUUACCUAGCACCGCUUCCGAGGAUGAUUUGAUAGCUGCCAGUGCAUUACACGAGUCAACCGAUCGUCAUCGUCAUCGUGUUGUAGUUGCCGCGGCCGCGGCCGCAGCUGCCGCAGCCGCCAUUGCCGAUACCACCAGAAGGUUACCACCAUCCUCCUCAACUACAUCGUCAUCGCCAUCGUCAUCGUCAUCGUCAUCCACUAAGACACCUAAUAAAAACAAUGACAAUAGAUCAACGCUCGAAAGGGCACGGCUGGAUGUCAUAAGACAGGCCACCGUCAUUCGAGCUGAACGUGAUGCCCUCGAGAAAGAAAACGAAACGUUGAAGGAGAAACUGCGUAUCGGUGAAGACGAAUUGGGUAUAGAAAGACGUAGACGAGAGGAAGGAGUAGCAGCGCUCACUCGAGAGACUAUAACGCUUAGGCACGCUGCACGACAUCUUCGAGCAGCUACAUUACAUGCCACAUCUUGCCGUCGUCGUAGAAGAUGUUCCAUUUGUCUUUAUACCCAACGUACGUUCGCUGAGGUAGAUGAUUAUCGAGAUGAUGGGAAUCUUUUCAAGUGCCUUCAAGCGCCCCUACAAGAUUUGUGUACUUGGUUACGACCAAAUACAACGACUACAGCAGGUCCAUCGUCGCGCACACCAAGGACAAGUUCCCCAUUGGCUGAACGAGAAAUUGCUUACAUCGAUGACUCCAGCGUUGACAGUAGCGGUGGUGGUAGUACCAACGGUAGUAGCGAUAGUACAACCAGUAGUACUACCAGUAACAGCAGUAGUAACAGUGCCUCCGAUGAUGAGGCAUAUCCAAGUACCUUAGUCGCUGCGAUGUCAUUAUCAUCGGCUAAUUCUAAUGUACCGCCUACAAAUAGAGCAUUUUCUUCUGACUCAGGGUUUUCCUCGGAAGUCGGUGAUCGCAGGUCAAGGUGUUUCGAAAAUGGCUGCAGCAGUACCAGCAGUAGCAGCGGCUGCAGCAAAACCAGAAAAAUCAGCGAAUCCCUCAGCUGUAGCGAACCGGACGAUCAGGGUACGAUGGGAAGAGGAGGUGGUAGUAGUGGUGGUGGAGGAAGUGGAGGAAGAGGAGGAGGAGGAUUCACACGUUCCAAGUGGACAUCAUCCUUCCGCAAAUUGCUCGGACGUAAAUUGAAAUCAAAGUCAGCAACAACGUCGAAUGAUGGUGGUGGUGGAGGAUCAUCAUCGUGAACGAUUACAACACCAUUGAAGGAUAAAAUGACGAUUAGAAUGAUGUUAGGAAAGAUCGUCAUAGAUCUUUUCAAUAAAUUCCUUCUAUUAUGUGAUUGUUCAAAGUAUAAUUCGUUUUUUUUUUUUUUUUUUUACCGUUUAAUAUAAAUUAAAAACAAAAAGAAAAUCUU